AUGACCAUCAACCCUCUAGGCAUCCGUGUCUCCAUCGACCGCGGGGGCACCUUUACGGAUGUCCAUGCGUCCAUCCCAGGACGCGACGAUAUUAUUCUCAAGCUUCUUUCAGUCGAUCCUGCAAAUUACCAAGAUGCGCCGACAGAGGGCAUCCGGCGGAUCCUUGAACUGGCCACCGGCUUGGUUCUACCCAGAGGCGAGCCCCUGGACCUCUUCCACUUUGAAUCCAUCCGAAUGGGCACCACAGUCGCUACCAACGCCUUGCUCGAGCGUAAAGGAGAGCGCGUCGCACUCGUCACGACCAAAGGCUUCCGCGACCUCCUCGCCAUAGGCAACCAGUCCCGUCCGAAUAUUUUUGACUUGUCCAUCUCGCGGCCAGAUGUGCUGUUUGAGACCGUCAUCGAAGUCGAUGAGCGCGUUACCAUGGAGGAUUACACAGAGAACCCGGAGCCUAGCCCUACCCGAACAAUGGUUGACGGCACCGACCCGGAACUGGUUUCCGCCAUCACAGGAGAGACCGUUCGCAUUCUCCAAAAACUUGACUUGUCGACGGUGGAAUCCCAGCUGCUAGCGCUAAAAUCGCAAGGGUUUCGCUCAGUUGCUGUUGCCUUUCUUCAUUCCUACGCAUAUCCUGACCAUGAGUUGCAAGUCGGUCGUAUCGCUCUCGAGAUGGGCUUCUCGGUGACGCUGUCGGCAGAGGUGCAGUCCAUGAUCAAGAUUGUACCCCGCGGCACGUCGGCGGUAGUAGACGCUUACUUGACACCCAUUAUUCGACAGUACAUUGAUUCCAUUUCUGCCAACUUUCGUGGCGGAUUCUCGUCCGCCGCCACCCGCAUCGAGUUCAUGCAGUCAGAUGGCGGGCUCUCAGACUACCGGAAAUUCAGCGGCCUCAAGGCCAUCUUGUCUGGUCCCGCUGGUGGCGUCGUCGGCUAUGCGCAAACGUCCUGGGACGACGACGAGAGAUGCCCAAUAAUCGGCUUCGACAUGGGCGGCACUUCCACAGAUGUCUCACGCUACGCUGGAUCGUAUGAUCAUGUGUUUGAGACAACGACUGCUGGCGUCAAUAUCCAGUCGCCUCAACUCGAUAUUCACACAGUUGCUGCAGGAGGCGGCUCCAUUCUGAUAUGGAGGAACGGCUUGUUCAAUGUUGGACCUGAGUCUGCCUCGGCGCACCCUGGCCCGGCGUGCUACAGAAAGGGCGGGCCGUUGACAAUUACAGAUGCCAACCUCUUUCUCGGCCGACUGCUGCCGGAGUACUUCCCAAAGGUCUUUGGCCCGAAGGAGAACGAGUCGCUUAACCGCGAGAUUGUGGUUGCCAAAUUUUCCGAGCUUACCAGCAACAUCAACAAAGAGAGAAUCAGCGCUGGCUCAACUCCAUUUUCGCCCGAGGAAGUGGCUCUCGGGUUUCUUAAAGUCGCAAAUGAAGGCAUGGCUGGCCCCAUUCGUGCUUUGACCGAGGCCCGCGGGUAUGACGCCGCAGACCAUCAUCUCGCCUGUUUUGGUGGUGCUGGUGGCCAACACGCGUGUGCCGUGGCCGAGGUGCUCGGAAUCUCGCGCAUCAUCCUGCACAAAUAUUCUUCAAUCUUGUCAGCCUUUGGUAUCUCGUUGGCGGAUGUUGUGCAGGAAAUACAGCGUCCCGCCGCCUUGACAUGGAGUCCAGAUACACAGAGGACCAUUCAAGUAAAGCUUCAGCUACUUGCUGACCAGGCCAAGUAUGAGCUCAUGAAACAAGGUUUUACAGAGACUCAAAUCAUGUUUGAUUCAUACCUCAGCAUGCGAUACGCAGGUUCCAGCAGCUCUCUCAUGAUCUUGAAGGGCGCCGACUGGAACUUUCGACGUGAGUUCGAACAAGAGCAUAUUCGUGGGUUCGGUUUCCACUUUCCUGAGAAGGACAUCAUUAUCGAUGAUUUCAGGAUAAGGGCAAUUGGCAGGAGCCAGUCCAAGAGCUUCAAAACACCCUACAGUCUGCUGAAAGACAUGAGUGGCAACAGCAUUAUUGCGGCAAGCCCUGUUGGGAAGAACACGAUUUAUUUCGAAGGCUCUGGCCAUGUUGACAGUCCAGUUUACGAACUACAAGGCCUAUCCGUGGGAACUCGCAUCGUCGGGCCAGCCAUGGUCAUUGAUAAAACGCAGACUAUCUUGGUCAGUCCGGGUGCCACUGCGACUAUGCUCGAUAAUUAUGUCAUCAUUGACAGAGACGUUGCAUCGGUGACCAAGAAAACAGAGGAGGCGGAGUUUAGCCCUAUUCAGCUUUCUGUGUUUGCUCAUAGAUUCAUGGCCAUUGCUGAGCAAAUGGGUCGCACACUCAGAAAGACGGCGGUAUCUACAAACAUCAAGGAGCGCCUGGACUUUUCGUGUGCAAUUUUUAGUCCUGAUGGAGGUCUGGUCGCAAACGCCCCGCAUGUGCCUGUCCAUUUGGGCUCAAUGCAGUUUGCUGUGCAGUACCAGCACCGCCUCUGGGAAGGCAGGCUGCAAGAAGGAGAUGUGCUUGUUUCGAACCAUCCCUCGUGCGGCGGUACUCAUCUCCCCGACAUCACCGUCAUCACCCCGGUCUUCGAAAAGGGCGUUUUAGCGUUUUACGUCGCGUCGCGCGGACAUCACGCCGACAUUGGAGGUAUACUCCCCGGCUCCAUGCCACCCACCUCGUCUGCCCUCUGGCAAGAAGGCGCGGCGAUUGAAUCGACCAAGCUUGUAAGCGGGGGCCGAUUCAACGAUGAGGAAGUCCGACGCUUGCUUCUCGUAGAGCCUGCCAAGUAUGAGGGCUGCUCGGGGACCCGACGAUUGCAGGACAACAUUUCGGACCUGAAGGCGCAAAUCGCUGCCAAUUCCAAGGGAAUAAAUCUGAUCACUGCGUUGAUUGAAGAGUUUGGACUUCCGUGUGUCCACCGGUAUAUGUAUGCGAUCCAAAAUACGGCCGAAGAAGCUGUUCGUGAGCUUAUGCUUUCAACGCUCGCGAAGCACGGACCCGAGCCUCUCGUCGCCGUCGACUACAUGGACGACGGAACGCCUAUCAAACUCACUGUUACGAUUAACAAGGAUGGAUCUGCCACGUUUGACUUUACAGGCACAGGAAGCCAUGUACUGGGUAAUACGAAUGCCCCGCUCGCUAUCACACACUCGGCCAUCAUUUACUGUUUGCGAAGCCUUGUCUCCUCAUCUAUCCCUUUAAACCAGGGCUGUCUGGCUCCCAUUGACAUCGUCGUACCGCAAGACACAAUUCUGAAGCCUGGGUCUGGUCUCGCCGUUGUGGGUGGGAAUGUCUUGACAUCUCAACGGGUAACUGACGUCGUUCUCAAGGCGUUUCAGGCAUGCGCCGCGAGCCAAGGCUGCUGCAACAACCUCACUUUCGGGACAGGCGGCAAAGACCCCAUCACUGGCGAGCACAAGGAAGGCUUCGGCUACUACGAGACCAUCGCGGGCGGCGCUGGCGCCGGUCCGACAUGGGCUGGCCAGAGCGGUGUCCAUACCCACAUGACCAACACGCGCAUCACUGACCCCGAGGUGUUUGAGAAGCGGUACCCCUGUAUCCUGCGCCGGUUUGAAUUACGACCUGGCUCUGGGGGCAGAGGUAAAUUCCGCGGUGGUGACGGGACGGUGCGAGAGAUUGAGUUCCGCGUUCCCGUGCAGUGUUCGAUCCUGAGCGAACGGCGGUCCAGACAGCCGUAUGGAAUGGAAGGUGGCGAGGGCGGCCAAACGGGUCUCAAUUCUGUACUUCUCACGGACAGAAUGUCGGGCGUCAAACGGUUGGUCAAUCUUGGCGCGAAGGCGACAACGAGGCUUGAGCAACAUGAGAGGGUAAUUAUCCAGUCUCCCGGAGGGGGUGGUUGGGGGAUUGAGUCGUGA